UUUCACAGAAUCGAGUUAAGUUUCGUUUCUCGUUUAAUUUUGUGUUGACCCCACAAUAAACCACUCCCAGAAAACACCUUUAAAUGCUUCAACUCAACCCGCCCAGCCUCAGUCGGACUUUCAUAGAGUAAUCAAUUUGCAUCACAAUGCAUUUCGUCGUACUUUUCGUUGGAUGUGCGCUGUUUUCCACAGCCUUCACACUCAACUGUUACGAGUGCGUGCCCGGGGCAUCGGGAUCAUGCGUGGAUACCCAGAAGACAUGUCCCAGUUCCACUCAAUGUGCAGCAAUGAGGGUCACAUCUUACGCGGGAGAGUCAAAAAUCGUAGAUAUGACCGCGAAGAGCUGUGCUGCACCUGCUGAGUGCCUGAUAGGGUCACUUAACUUCGGAAUCUCAAGGACAUUGCUAAAUAGCAAGUGCUGCGCCACGGACCUCUGCAACUCUCAGAAUGUCCCAGAAUCCAGCAGUGGUACCCCAAAUGGGAAACAGUGCUUCACAUGCAACGGCCAGGAUUGCCUCAACACUCUAAACUGCCUGGGGGACGAGAAUAGCUGUAUCUCCACUAUAACUGACGUCUCAGGCCAGAAGGUUUCCUUGAAGGGAUGUGCCAGCAAGAGUUUGUGUACAGGGUCCAUGUCAGCUGAACUGCCAGGCAUGAGCUUCAAGCUGGACUGCUGUGAAGGCAACCUGUGCAACGACGCGGGAAGCCUCGCCGCGAGCCUGCUGCUCCUGGUGGCCCCCCUGCUCUCUGUCGCCCUCUUCCACUGAGAAGCACAGUCCAAUGAUGAUUCACCUCAUCCAACCAUCUUUCUCUGCUGCUUUCCUCUGUACUCUGUGCUCACAAUCUGCUCUGCCCUGUAACACCCCUCCCCAUCAUGAUCGGAUCCCUUUGCCAUCUUUGUUUUGUGCCUUUUACUUAAUGUGGUGUCUAGGGGAUAUUUCUUUGUGUGUUUUACAGAACUCGAUCUGUUCAUCAUGUCUUGUUCUCCACACCCAUCUUUGGAAUGCACAACACACCCCAACCUCCUCUCUCUCUCCGCCCUUCCCCAAUAACCUGACUAGCCACAAAAAGUGUUCUAUACUGAAGCAA